CGCUCCUAAAACGGACACAUUGCACCGUUCGUCGUUGGUAGUCGAAUCGCAUAGACGUAGCGCAGUGUGAUAACAGUAGAGCGGUCAAGGAGGUGGUCGCUGUAGAAGAACAAAUAGGAUCCGAAGGCGAGAGCAAAUCGUGAGGUCAGCCCACCCUUAAAGAAGGAUUAUGCACCCUCACCUCGCCAACGACAAGAAGUUGCAUUGCGGAGAGCUAAUUCAACGGCUCCAAGAAUGUCACGAGCACGGCUUUUGGAACCGUCUCCUCGGAUCUUGCAACGGCAUUAAAGAAGAGCUGAACCAAUGCCUCCGUGAAGAGCGCAUUGCCCGUACUGCGAGAAAUCGCGAGGAAUCGCGAGCACAACGUGAAAGGACCCGCCACCUCUGGAAAGCCAUAGAAGACCAAAGCUAGCUAGCUCUGAGGCGUGUUCGAGAUCUGAAUUAUUCG